GAAGUGGCUCAGGAGCAGGAGCAGCCAGCUGAGCAACUUGUGCUCCGUUUAAGAUCUGCGAAUCCACGUCCUCAUGUCACCUGGGGAGCAGGUGUUGUAGACAAUGAACACAUGGGUCGUCUGAAAUCCAACUGCUGCUGCAUCUACACUCCACCUCGUCGCUACGACGAUCCAUCGACAUGGGAGCCAGAGGAGCAUGAGACGGAGCAUUGUAGAGGGCACACUCUUCCGGAGAAGAAGACAAAAGAAGAUAGAGAUGAUAAGGAGAACAAAAAUGAUAGUGGAUGCGCAUGUGAUCAUUGCUGA